CAGGCCCUUCCAAGCAUGCUGCCCGCCGCCAUGAAGGGCCUCGGCCUGGCGCUGCUGGCUGCCCUGCUGUGGUCAGCGCCCGCUCAUGGCCUGUGGUGCCAGGACUGCACGCUGACCACCAACUCCAGCCACUGCACCCCGAAGCAGUGCCAGCCCUCGGACACCGUCUGUGCCAGUGUGCGCAUCACUGACCCCAGCAGCAGCAGGAAGGACCACUCUGUGAACAAGAUGUGUGCCUCGUCCUGUGACUUCGUGAAGCGUCACUUUUUCUCAGACUAUCUGAUGGGAUUCAUCAACACCGGGGUCUUGAAAGUGGAUGUGGACUGCUGUGAGAAGGAUCUGUGCAACGGGGCAGCGGGGGCUGGGGGCAGCCCCUGGGCCCUGGCUGGGGGUUUCCUCCUCAGCCUGGGGCCUGCCCUCCUCUGGGCUGGGCCCUGAGGUCCCCACUCCCGCAGGGCUUCUGAGCGUGUCCCCCUGAACCUGUCCCUGCCCCUCCCUAGCCUGGCCCAGCUGCAGUGGGGCAGCCUGGGCUGGCCCCACAGCCUGUGGCUCUUGCCCCUCCCCGAAUCAAGAGGCUUCCCUGUCUCUCCACCAGCUCUGAGUCCCCAGCAGCAGGACAGCUCCAGGAAACCAGGUAUCCAGGUGGGGGCCCUGGGGGAGAGGACAGGGGUCUCUGAGAGGCAGCAAGCCUGAGCCAGCCUAAGACUAGCAGCCUGGUGGAAGGCAUCAUCUGUGGAGAAAUAAAGUCACUUCUGAGACCUGAGGCUGGGGUCUGAGGCAGGGCUUGGGGCAGGAGAGCCCUAGUAGGGAGCAGGCAGUGAUGGGUUGAGAGCACAGGCAGGGGCCAGGGGCAGCAGUCACCUGAGACCUGAGGCUGCACUGCACAGCGUGCCGGGGCUCCUGGGCCACCAGGAGCCAGGGGACUUGCCUGGUAAGGUUUGGGGGCACCUGGGAUAGGGGGAGUUGAGAUGAACAAGAUUCUGGGGAGGGGACUGAAGAGGGAGGCGUUACAACUGUGUGUGAGCAUAGUGGGUGCACCUGGAUGGACAGACUUUCACUAGCACAUGCACAAAUGUACACACUGGUGUGCACACACACUGCCAGUACACACCCAGUGCACACACAUAGUACACACACACAUGCAAACCCAAUGCACACAUACACUGCCAGUACACACCCCCCAGUGUACACACACAAACCCAGUGCGCGCAUACACUGCCAGUACACACCCCCAGUGUACACACACAAACCCAGUGCACAUACUUAGUGCUGCAAAUACACAUGGUGUACAAUCACACAUACACCCAGUACACACCCCCAGUGCACACACAUUUGCACCACGCGUCCACACCCGUGCCUACAGGCUCUGCAUGCACAUGCCCUCCACGGUGGCGUCACACAGCACAGACCUGGUGUGCACUAGCAUGCACGCCCCAUGGUCACACAGAUGGGCACAUGGUAGUGUGCUUGCACACACACCACCUGGUGCCCACCUUCACACACGUGUGUGCACACCCCGACCCACACACACCCUCUGACCCCACAGUGCCCUGCACACGUAUGCACGCACAGACACACAGAUGUGUCCAUGUAUAAGCCUCUUGCUCUCACUUGCUAUC